AGGUCUCUGUUUUGAAGUAUUCCAACACCUAGUCCCUCAUUACUGUUUUCUUCAUGGGCUUCCACCCAGCUCUGGCCUGGAUUCUCCUGGUUGGGACAUUGACCUCUUUGGGCGCUCAGAACUCCAUUUCUUGGGAAGUACAGCGACUUGAUGGAUGGUAUAACAACCUCAUGGAGCACAAAUGGGGCAGCAAAGGUUCUCGGCUGCAGCGCCUUGUUCCAGCCAGCUAUGCAGACGGCGUGUACCAGCCCUUAAGAGAACCCCACCUCCCUAACCCCCGACACCUUAGCAACAUGGUCAUGAGAGGUCCAGCAGGACAGCCCUCUCUUCGGAACCGUACAGUCCUGGGUGUCUUCUUUGGUUACCACGUGCUCUCGGACCUGGUCAGUGUGGAAACGCCAGGAUGUCCCGCAGAGUUCCUCAACAUUAACAUCCCUCGUGGGGAUCCUGUCUUUGACCCCCAAAAGACCGGAGAUGUGGUACUACCCUUUCAGAGGAGCCGCUGGGACCCCAAGACUGGACAAAGCCCCAACAACCCCCGGGACCUGACCAACCAGGUGACUGGCUGGCUGGAUGGUAGUGCCAUCUAUGGCUCCUCUCAUUCCUGGAGUGAUGCACUGAGGAGCUUCUCUGGAGGACAGCUGGCUUCAGGGCCCGACCCUGCCUUCCCGAGGAACUCCCAAAACUCUCUGCUCAUGUGGAUGGCACCAGACCCCGCCACGGGGCAGGGUGGUCCCCAGGGGCUGUAUGCCUUCGGGGCCCAGCGUGGGAACAGGGAACCCUUCCUGCAGGCCCUGGGCCUGCUGUGGUUUCGCUACCACAACCUGUGUGCUAGGAGGCUGGCACAGGAGCACCCGCGCUGGGGGGAUGAGGAGCUGUUCCAGCAUGCUCGCAAGAAGGUCAUUGCCACCUACCAGAACAUUGCAAUGUAUGAAUGGCUGCCCAGCUUCCUGAAGCAAACUCCCCCAGAGUAUGCAGGAUACCGUCCAUUUCUGGACCCCAGCAUCUCCCCAGAGUUUGUGGUGGCCUCUGAGCAGUUCUUCUCUACCAUGGUGCCCCCUGGGGUCUACAUGAGGAACUCCAGUUGCCACUUCCAGGGAAUUGCCAAUCACAACGCAAGUUUCUCUGGAGCUUUCCGGGUCUGCAACAGCUACUGGAGCCGAGAGCACCCCAACCUACAAAGUGCUGAAGACGUGGAUGCACUGCUGCUGGGCAUGGUCUCUCAGGUCGCUGAGAGAGAGGACCAUGUGGUGGUUGAGGAUGUGCAAGAUUUCUGGCCUGGGCCAUUGAAGUAUUCCCGUACAGACUACCUGGCCAGCUGCCUGCAGAGGGGUCGGGAUCUAGGCCUGCCUUCUUACACCAAAGCCAGGGAGGCACUGGGACUGUCUCCCAUUUCUCACUGGCGGGACAUCAACCCUGCACUCUCGAGGAGCAAUGGCACUGUGCUGGAGGCCACAGCUGCCCUAUACCAUCAGGAUCUGUCUCGGCUGGAGCUGCUCCCCGGAGGGCUUCUGGAGAGCCACGGGGAUCCUGGAGCCCUUUUCAGCGCCAUUGUCCUUGACCAAUUUGUCAGGCUACGAGAUGGUGACCGCUACUGGUUUGAAAACAGCAGGAAUGGAUUGUUCUCUAAGGAAGAGAUUGCAGAAAUCCGAAACACUUCCCUACGGGACAUCCUAGUGGCUGUCACCAAUGUGGACCCCAGUGCCAUGCAGGCCAAUGUCUUCUUCUGGCUUGCAGGAGACCCCUGUCCACAGCCAAGUCAGCUCAGCACCAAGGGUCUGCCAGCCUGUGUCCCCCUCUUCGUUCGGGACUAUUUCGAGGGUAGUGGAUUUGGCUUCGGACUCACCAUUGGGACUCUUUGCUGCUUUCCCUUAGUCAGCCUGCUCAGUGCCUGGAUUGUUGCCCGGCUUCGGAUGAGGAAUUACAAGCAGCUCCAGAGACAGGAGCGCCACAGCAUCAUGUCUGAGAAGCUUGUAGGAGGAGUGGAAGCUUUGGAGUGGCAGGGCCACAAAGAGCCCUGCAGGCCAGUGCUUGUGCACUUGCAGCCGGGACAGAUCCGAGUAGUAGAUGGCAGGCUCACUGUGCUCCGCACCAUCCAGCUGCGGCCUCCACAGCAGGUCAAUCUCAUCCUGUCCAGCAACCGCGGACGCCGGACCCUGAUGCUCAAGAUCCCCAAGGAAUAUGACCUGGUGCUAUUGUUUAACAUGGAGGAGGAGCGGCAGGCACUGGUGGAGAACAUCAGGGGGGCGCUGAAGGAGAGUGGCCUGAGCUUCCAGGAGUGGGAGCUGCGGGAGAAGGAGCUGAUGAGAGUAGCCGUGACAAGGGAGCAGCGGGGUCACCUCCUGGAGACUUUUUUUAGGCACCUUUUCUCCCAGGUGCUGGACAUCAAUCAGGCAGACGCAGGAACUCUACCUCUGGACUCUUCGACUAAAGUGCGCGAGGCCCUGACCUGUGAGCUGAGCAGAGCUGAGUUUGCCGACUCCCUGGGCCUCAAGCCCCAGGAUAUGUUUGUGGAGUCCAUGUUUUCUCUGGCUGACAAGGAUGGCAAUGGCUACCUGUCCUUCCGGGAGUUCCUGGACAUCCUAGUGGUCUUCAUGAAAGGCUCCCCCGAGGAGAAGUCCCGCCUUAUGUUCCGGAUGUAUGACUUUGAUGGGAAUGGCCUCAUUUCCAAGGAGGAAUUCAUUAGGAUGCUAAGGUCCUUCAUUGAGAUAUCCAACAACUGCCUGUCCAAGGCCCAGCUGGCUGAGGUGGUGGAGUCCAUGUUCCGGGAGUCGGGCUUCCAGGACAAGGAGGAGCUGACCUGGGAGGAUUUCCAUUUCAUGCUGCGGGACCACGACAGCGAUCUCCGAUUCACGCAGCUCUGUGUCAAAGGGGUGGAAGUGCCUGAGGUCAUCAAGGACCUGUGCCGGCGAGCCUCCUACAUCAGCCAGGAGAAGAUCUGCCCUUCGCCCAGAAUAAGCGCCCACUGUGCCCGCAACAACACCAAGUCGGAGUCAUCACCACAGAGACUACAGUGCCCCGUGGACACAGACCCUCCUCAGGAGAUUCGACGGAGGUUUGGCAAGAAGGUAACUUCGUUCCAGCCUUUGCUGUUCACCGAGGCACACCGAGAGAAGUUUCAACGCAGUCGUCGCCACCAAACGGUGCAGCAGUUCAAACGCUUCAUUGAAAACUACCGGCGCCACAUCGGCUGUGUGGCGGUGUUUUAUGCCAUCACUGGGGCGCUCUUUCUGGAGAGAGCCUACUACUAUGCUUUUGCGGCACACCACACUGGCAUCACCGAUACCACCCGCGUGGGCAUCAUCCUGUCUCGGGGCACGGCGGCCAGCAUCUCCUUCAUGUUUUCCUACAUUUUGCUCACCAUGUGCCGCAACCUCAUCACCUUCUUGCGGGAGACUUUCCUCAACCGCUACAUUCCCUUCGACGCCGCCGUGGACUUCCACCGCCUGAUUGCCUCCACAGCCAUCAUCCUCACAGUCUUGCACAGCGCUGGCCACGUAGUGAAUGUGUACCUGUUCUCCAUCAGUCCACUCAGUGUCCUCUCUUGCCUCUUUCCUGGCCUUUUCCAUGACGAUGGGUCAGAGUUCCCUCAGAAGUAUUACUGGUGGUUCUUCCAGACUGUACCAGGCCUCACCGGGGUGCUACUGCUCCUGGCCCUGGCCAUCAUGUACGUCUUCGCCUCCCACCACUUCCGGCGCCGCAGCUUCCGAGGCUUCUGGCUGACCCAUCACCUCUACAUUUCUCUCUACGUCCUGCUCAUCAUCCAUGGCAGCUUUGCUCUGAUCCAGAUGCCCCGAUUCCACAUCUUCUUCCUGGUCCCAGCCAUUAUCUAUGUGGGGGACAAGCUGGUGAGCCUGAGCCGGAAGAAGGUGGAGAUCAGCGUGGUGAAGGCUGAGCUGCUGCCUUCAGGAGUGACCCACCUGCGGUUCCAGAGGCCCCAGGGCUUUGAAUACAAAUCAGGGCAGUGGGUGCGCAUUGCAUGCCUGGCGCUGGGAACCACCGAAUACCACCCUUUCACACUGACCUCUGCACCCCAUGAGGACACACUCAGCCUGCACAUCCGGGCAGCAGGACCCUGGACCACCCGCCUCAGGGAGAUCUACUCACCCCCAACGGGUGACACCUGUGCCAGAUACCCAAAGCUGUACCUCGACGGGCCAUUUGGAGAGGGCCACCAGGAGUGGCAUAAGUUUGAGGUGUCAGUGUUAGUGGGAGCUGGAAUCGGGGUCACCCCCUUUGCCUCCAUCCUCAAAGACCUGGUUUUCAAGUCAUCAGUCAGCUGCCAAGUGUUCUGUAAGAAGAUCUACUUCAUCUGGGUGACGAGGACUCAGCGGCAGUUCGAGUGGCUGGCUGACAUCAUCCGGGAGGUGGAGGAGAAUGACCGCCAGGACCUGGUGUCUGUGCACAUCUAUAUCACCCAGCUGGCUGAGAAGUUUGACCUCAGGACCACCAUGCUGUACAUCUGUGAGCGGCACUUCCAGAAGGUGUUGAACCGGAGUUUGUUCACGGGCCUGCGCUCUGUCACCCACUUUGGUCGCCCUCCCUUUGAGCCCUUUUUCAACUCUCUGCAGGAGGUCCACCCCCAAGUCCGAAAGAUUGGCGUCUUCAGCUGCGGUCCCCCCGGCAUGACCAAGAAUGUGGAGAAGGCCUGUCAGCUCAUCAACAGGCAGGACAGGACUCAUUUCUCUCACCAUUACGAGAACUUCUAGGCCUCCUUCCUGGCAACUCUACCCACUACUGCCUGGCAGAGCAGGGCCUUCGCCUGCACCUGAACUCAGUACUCCUCGCUUCUGGCUGCCUCAGCCUUGGCCCCCUUCCCACCUGCCAGCGUGGUCCAGGUAGCCGUGCUCAGCAUCAUGUGUGGCCUCAGCGAUCUCUACGGCCAGAAUGUGUCUGAGCUUGGAGAAGGGACACUGUGUAAGAGCUUAAGGCUCAAAAGUAGGGGAGCUUUCCGGUUUGGACAAAGUGGGAAUUCUUUUAAGGGAACAACAAAACAACUCAGUAGACAGGCGGUCGUUUGCGUAGGUAACUGAAGUCUAAAGAUGAAGUGGUGGCAACGGUGCUGGCAUCUUUGAGCUCCCUUCACUCUGCAACCUUCCUCUUUUCUGGGUUCCCCACUUUCAAAAUGGCUGGGAGAUGUCUUAAGAGUAGGCAGGGGCGACUUACAGAACGCCCCAGGACCAGCCUAACCAGACAACUGCUCUCUUUUAAAAUGUAGUCAGACCCUUCUGUGCUCACUAGUCCCUCAGCCCUAUUUUCCCCACCUCCAGUAGUCUCUUUUGCAAAUAAACUUUA